GGAGGAGGCGCUCAUUCUAAACAGCGCUGAGGCUGAGGCUGGAUCUCUGCAGACUCCUCGGUUACACGGGCUUGUUUGUUGGAUCAUCUGUUUUUCUGUGAUGGAUCCUCCACCAACUCUCCUCUCUGCCGGAUAAACCGUGGACUUUUCUCCUCGUAUGAUGGGAAUAUACCGCCGGUGCGCUCGGCUCCGUGGAUGUACACAGCCUUGAUGGAAAGCAUGUCACCGCAGCAGUGGAGUAUGGGACAGAACAGGUCCGACUCUCUGACGGGUGACGGCAAGGUGCUGCUCGAAAACAAAAAGAAGAUGAAGACCCUGGCCCAGAGGCGGCAGUCUGCUCCCUCGCUGGUCAUCAGCAAAGCACUUACAAGAUCAAGAAGCGCUUCCAGGGAAAUCUGCAUGAUUCCAGUCAGCCCAGAGUCCUGUCCUCUUGUUCAGGCCUUCCUGGCUGAAUAUCCUGGCCGCCUCUUUCUGGGUCAUGCUCAAACGCAGCUAAAAACGGGUUUACAAAUCCAGGAGAGACACCUCUUCCUCUUCAGUGACACGCUGCUUGUCGCUAAGGCCAAAUCUCCUACUCAUUUCAAAGUAAAGGCCCAGGUCCGAGUGUGCGAGAUGUGGACAGCUAACUGCAUGGAUGAGGUGUGUGAGGGAAGCACAAACCCCGAGAGGAGCUUCGUUAUGGGAUGGCCCACCUGUAACUUUGUGGCCACUUUCAGUUCUGAAGAGAUCAAGGACAAAUGGUUGGCACUCAUCAAUGGUUGGACAAAUGAGGGAAAAGAGAAGGACGAUCCCAAAACCAUUCCGCUAAAGAUAUUUGCCAAAGAUGUUGGAAAUUGUGCAUAUGCCAAGACGCUCGCCGUCACCAACAGUGACAGCACCAACGAUGUCAUUCGAAUGGCUCUGCAGCAGUUUGGCAUAUCAGGUUAUGUCAAAGAUCACAGAUUGUGGGUCAGUUCCUGUAAGGAUGAUCCUCCAUACCCUCUCAUUGGCCACGAGUUUCCCUUUAGCAUUAAGAUGAGCCACAUUCGAGACAGCGGGAACAGUCCUGGUGGACAUGGAGGAGGACUUGGGAGGGAGCCAAUGAGUCCAACGGACUGCCCUGAAGUUCUGCUGCUGGAUCAGUGCCUUCCCCCAGACACCCAAUGCCAGUUUAUCCUUAAACCCAACAAAGUUGUCCUUGAGCUUCUAUCGAUUAUAGAACCUGGUCAGCAGAAGACCUUUAAGAGAAAGAGAUCCCUGAUCAACUGGCCUUUCUGGAAGGGUUCCAGCACCCAGCUGGACAGCUUGCCUCUUUCCCCAUCAUUGCUGUCUCCUACUCAGGGACAGCUAUUUGGACAACCUCUGAACUCUGUAUGCUCUUCAGAUCAAGGCUUGCCUAAACCCGUCAUGGAAAUGUUGGUGUUUCUCUAUCAGGAAGGGCCAUACACAAAGGGCAUCUUCAGACGGUCGGCUGGUGCUAAAGCUUGCAGGGAGUUUCGAGACAGACUGGACAGCGGGACGGAGGAGCCCGAGAUCACACACCAGUCUGUGUUUGUCAUUGCCGCUGUCCUCAAGGACUUCCUGCGAAAUAUCCCGGGCAGCAUACUGAGUGUGGAUCUGUACGAGCAGUGGAUGGAUGUGAUGGAGCGGGAAGGAGAAGAGGCAAGGCUGCCAGCUGUUCAGAGGCUGCUGCACCUCCUUCCCAGUGAGAAUCUGCUUCUGCUGCGUCAUGUGAUUGCUGUGCUAUAUCAUAUACAAGGGAGCGCCCACGACAACCAGAUGAAUGCCUUCAACCUGUCUGUCUGUAUUGCUCCCAGCAUGCUUUGGCCUCCGACCCCGAGCACUCCUGAGAUGGAGGGAGAGGCCACAAAAAAGGUGUGUGAGCUUGUGCGCUUCCUCAUAGAGAACUGCAGGAAUCUCCUGGGAGAUGUUACCUUAUUGUUCAAAGACAUUAGCCAGAAGAGCAACAGCGACCAUGGAUCUGAUGUAUCUUCCUUCCAAAUGAAUGACUCGUCCUACGACAGUCUCGAGAAUGAGCUGAAUGAUGAUCCUGAGUCUCCCUACCAGGAACAGUUGCUGCUUCGUGAAAAAGCCAAGCCGGAUACCCGCAGCCGGGACUCGGUCAUCACUCUGAGUGAUGGUGACCCUGAACCAGACCCUGACACUGACCACCUACUGCAGCUCCCCCCUCUGGCUAGACCAAAGAGAUUCAGCCCUGCAGUACGACACCCCCGGAACGGCUCGUUGCAUGGUCCCAGGAGGCUUCGGAGAAGUUCCGAGCCUGCCUUGGCGUUAGCAAACCUGCCAUCUUCCAGCAUUGUGAUGGUUAACACAGAUAACCACCAUUUACCUUUAAGGAAGGCAAGCUAUGAUGCAGCCAUGGAAGGAGAAGGGGAGGAGGACGAGGUGUUUGUGGAGCAGGGGCUGACCAGGCUGCAGCUAAACGAGGAGGGCAAGGACAGGUGUGUUCAGAGAGGAGCCAGCAGUGGACGGAGGAAGAUGAAGCAUGCACCUCUGCCUCCACUGCGACUGGAUGCCAGCUGUUCCAGCCUGUCUUCGCCUGCGACUUCUCCAACUGGUUCCUCCCUCAGCUCUUUAGACUCUGCCUUUUCACAGUACUCCACUGACUAUACUACGAAUGGUGCAGCUACUCAGCAGUCACCCAGAGACUCCCCACCUCAGAGGGACACCCUGCCUCAUUGGCAACCAUCCGUUCAUCCUCCUAGGGGAAACCAAAUCUCCUCCCAGUCCCAUGGGCUUCACCCGAACACCUGGCUUAAGAAGGACCGCUGCUUGUCUCUAAGACAACCUGAUAGUGGACACUUGGAGGACUUGCCUGUGGUAAAUGGGAACUCCUACCUAAACAGUAGUGGUUCCUCUGUGCCUGUUGACGAUACUGCAGUGACAAAUAAAAACUGCCAACAGCGAUCUAACAGCCCUCCAUCCUACCAACAGGCUCUUAUUCAGCUUCAGCGAAACCCCUCUCCUUUUUACAGAGGAGCAGAGAAACCCCUGACUGUCAAAGAGCUGAGGCAGUUCAAUGACCAGAGCUGCACUUACAAAUGCUCAAACCCAACCUCAUCAGACACUCCCAAACUGAUAACAGGAAUUGAGGUCUCGCAAAGAUCAUCAGGGACUGAGAGAGUGCAGCCCCCGCAGAGUGUUUUCUAUGGACAAAACACCACCACCUUGGUCAUCCAAAGGCCAAAAUCCCACUCUCUUACUCCUGCUGUGGAAGGUCACAAAGGACGGAAGACUCUUCCCCGCCGAGCGUCUGAGCCUGCUAAGGUCUCUGCUAAUUCAGACAUCUCCAAGAGCCUUACCCUUAAUACACCUUUUGGUAAUGGAACGCAGCUGAAGGACAGCAGACUGAGAGCAUCAGAUGUGAAGUCCAGCAACUCUAAGGCGCAGCUCUGCCUUUCUCCUUCUGCCAACCGGGUGGUGAGGGACUACUUUUCCUCGCAGGGUCAGGAGGAUGCUGACUCCUGCAUUCGGAGGAGUCAGGAGGUGGCGAUAGCGAUUGCGCAGGGAAAGAAGGAGUGGCAGAGCAGGCGGUGCAGCGACCCACGACUGGAGGACUUCGAACAGCUCUUCUUUGCAGAAGAGUCAUAUGUGUAAAUAUGAACUGUACAAACAAAUUGUAAAUGGGGGACUGUUUUUUUUUUAUCAUAUGUGGUCCUUUGUGUAAAGCUGUUGACAUUAUUGGUAUUAUAUUCCCUAUAUACAGUACAUGUUUUUUUAUGAAGCAGAGUACUUUAAUGGUACUCAGUAUUUUAGAAGGUACAAAUACGCACCUUAAUUAUCAAAAAAUAUUUUCCAAAUAUCCCUAAUAUUUAGAAGUGAUUUUAGCUCUGACUUUAUACAUGGUUUAUACAGCUAUUACAACCUUUUUUACUCGUGGGCUAAAUUAGCAGGAAGUGUUUUAGGUUGACAUUUGUUAUCUUACAUUCAUGUUUCCAUCAUCUUUCAUAGAAACAUCUUUUUUUCUUUUACUUUUUUGUUUCUUCUGAAAAAUGAAAGCUGUAGAAAACAAGUCAAUGCUCUUUCUGUAUAUACUAAUAACUUAAAUUAUCAAAUUAUUUGUACCUUUAUGUUUUAACAGGUGCAUUUUUUAAACUACACCUUUUCAACAGGAAAAAGCUUUUGUUGCAUUUUUGAAUUGUUAAGCUAUUUUUUCAAAUAAGCUGUCCUUUCACUCACACAUCAGUGUUCUUGGUAUUGUUAGCUCUGGUUUGGAUCUGUGACCAUGGCAGGAGGGUUAAAAAUAGAGAUGCACCAAUCAGAGAUUUGUGGCCGAUCUCCAGUCUAAGGUUUUUUGAUCUGCAUUAACUGAUAUUUUGCCUAAUCUGAUGAUUGUGGGCUAUGAUUAAUGACACUCAUUUGGUGAACACAAAAUAAUAACACAGUUGACAUUUUUAUUAAUAUCCAACAUCUAGUUCAGUCUUCAGUGACAUUUUCCAUUUUGUCAGCUCAAGCUGUUGACCCUUGGUAUGGUGCAGUCACUCAGUGGAAAAAGAUCAGAUUCUUGAGUCUUUAACUGGGAGGUUGGUCAAACAGCUGAUUUUCUGUGCAGCUCUACUUAAAAUCUCUUUUUAAUGUUGCUUUAAUAGCACUAUAUUUUAUUAGGAAAUCUGCCAAUUUAACAGGAAUACAGCUCAUUGCCUGUAUGCCUCCUAGAAUCUUCUUCCUCUCGUGUCUUGUUUAUACUUGUUAAUAUCUUAAUAAAUGACCUAAUUCUACUUUAUUAUUACAACAACAAACAUAAUUCACUGAAUUUAACUCGGUGAACAGGUUUCACAUGUUUUUUUUGUUUUUUUUAAUGAAUUACAACAGAGGAAGGGGAUCAUUGUCGUGUAAAGUGUUUUUAGUUGUUUGUGCUUUAUCCUUGUUUAUUAUAAUUAGCUCCACUAACGUGAAUUAUGUUCAGCCUGUAUAGUUUUGCAUAUUUAUGACAUAGAUAUAUGUAAGAUUUUUAUAAUAUAUAUAUAUAUAUAUAUAUAUAUAUAUAUAUAUAUAUAUAUAUAUAGAUAUACACACUAUCUUGAUCCUUCUGGUAUGGUUUGCAAAAACAAAAUGUGUAUUUUUGUACAAGCCAAAUCUACUGCUGCUGUCUUAAUAGAACGUAUAUUUGCUACAAAAUGCACCAGUUGUAUAUUGUGUAAAUCUGACAUCUAAUGCUCACAAGAACAAACAAAAAUGUGGAUUUUAAUAAACAUUGCUCUUGUGAAACUA